ACUGCUCUGGGCCGCGAGGAAGUCUCAAGAUGGCUGCCGUGGCUGGAAGUCUGCUCCCUUCUGCAACAUGAAGCCGUGAGAGUGCGAGACCGCGAGGGAGGCACCAUCGGGCUUUUGUUUUUAUUUUCUUUUAGUUCCUUUUCUUUUAUUUCGUCAAACAUCCAUCUCAUUCCGCGUCGCGUCGGCCCCGAGCUCAUCUUCGGGAGUGACGCGUCAAAUCACGCCGGGACCUGCCUCAGCUAAAGCGGCUAACUCACACACUCGGCUAAAGCGGCUAACUCACACACUCUGCUAAAGCGGCUAACUCACGCUCACAUUAGUUUAGCUCUGCCCCACUCUGCGCUGCAGGUCCGUGUUUGAGAUACGCGAGGCAACAGGCUGCUGUCGUGUAUCACACAAACCCCCGUCAGGACGCCAGACCCACGCGGGGCUCGCAGCUGUCACAGAAAAGCCUGAUUCGGACCGUGCUCGGCUCAACAUGUCCGCGGAGUGGCCGUGCAGCCUGUGGCUCUUCCACUAAUGCGCAGUAUCCAUCAGUUUAAUGUGCUCACCCCGCUGCUGUGUUACUCUUUUUCACCCCGUCACUGCACAAAACCCACCAGUAUCCGCCAUUAGCUGCCAAAGCGGUUGGAUUUAGGGCACAUUAUGGGCACACGCAAAGUGAACUUUUUCUGCUUGUAGGUAGCGACAUUGGCCUUCUUGGCAACUCACCAAAAAUCCACCGAAAUGGACACUACACUCGACCAAAACUGAGGCGUUUUGUUUACUGUGGACUGUUGAGCUCCGCCGAGGCACUUGUUACAGCUUCAGUCACUACAGAGACCCAGAGUUAGCUCGCCCUCGGCGCACAGCUAGCCUCAGUCUCCCUCUCACACACUCAAACACGGCGUACAGGACAUACUCCGAGCCCGCUCCCGGACACACGCACCGGCUCAGUAACACCGUCAUGGGAGUGCAGGGCUUUCAGGAGUACUUGGAGAAACGCUGCCCCGGGGCCGCGGUCCCCGUGGACCUCCUGAAACUGGCCCGGACAGCGGCCCGCCAGCCUCAUCAUCACCCACACCAUCACCCUCAUCACCCCGGGCCCGUGCCUCCCCCACCUCCCACCCGGAUCCUCAUGGACGCGGACUCGGGCCUGCAGCGGCUGUACGGGGGCUACCAGACGGACUGGGUGUGCGGCGGGGAGUGGAACGCCAUGCUGGGGUACCUGGCCGCACUGUCGCAGGCCUGUCUGUACCAGGGCGGCCUGGAGCUCGUGGUCGUGUUUAACGGGACCCUGGGGAAGGAGCGCUGGCCCGAGUGGGCGCGGCGCGUGCAGGGCCAGCGGCAGACCGCGCAGCUCAUCGUCAACCACGUCGGCAGUAAGGCCACCCCGCCCCCCCGGGCCUGGUUUCUGCCGCCCGCGUGCCUCAGCCACUGUGUGCGCCUCGCCAUGUUCCGCUUCAGAGUGCGGGUGGUGCAGACACUGGAGGACCACCACCAGGAGGUGCUGUCUCUGUACCGGGACUUUGGAUUUGCGGGACUGAUCGCUCAGGACUCAGAGUUUGCGCUGUGUAACGUUCCGGCGUAUUUCUCGUCUCACGCACUCAAACUCAGCUGGAACGGGAAGAAUCUGACCACGCACCAGUACCUGCUCUCUGAGGCCGCCAGACAACUGGGGCUGAAGACACACCACCUGCCCUGCUUCGCUGCUCUGCUCGGAAACCAUAUUCUGCCUGAUGAGGACCUGGCUGCCUUCCACUGGAGCCUCCUGGGACCAGAGCACCCACUCGCUUCUCUCAAGGUUCGCGCUCAUCAGUUGGUGCUGCCUCCCUGUGAGGUGGUGAUCAAAGCCGUGUCCGAGUACGUCUCCUCCAUCAAAGACCUGAGCAACCUGGACGCCAUCGCCAAAGACGUCUUCAAACAGUCACAGUCUCGAAUGGAAGACAAGAUCGAACGCUUCAAAAAAGCUGUAGAGUAUUUCUCUGCUGCCUCCAAACCACGCUCUCAAAACCUGGGCCCCUCUGCCUUCAUCUUACCAGGUUUUGGACCUCCUCCGUUUGGACCACCAGGACCCAUGGGACCCAUGCAGCCCGGAAAGAACCAGUUCUCUCCUUCCCAGGCUCCAGGCCUGAAGCCUCCAUUUCAGAACUCUCCUUUCGGCUCCGGCUCUCCUCUGUUCCAGGCCCCGCCCACAGACUGUAAUGAUGCACUGUCAAACAAGAUGGGCUUCACUGAUUGGUCAGCUCCGUACGAUUCCACUCAGGGCGGGAGUCGAUUACCCAAUCACCACACAGGACAACAGUCUGGCCCCUCCCCUUCACCCUCGUCUUCGUCCGACGGAGACGAGCCCAACGACAACAACGCAAACCAUUUGACGGACAAGUCUUCUCGAUGGGAGGAGCCUUCUGCAAAGCCCGGCUCUGGAGACGCCUCCUCAGGGAACGGAAGCUCCAGUAUCCCCUCCCUGCUGUCAAUGGCCACACGCAGCCACAUGGACAUCACCACGCCCCCUCUGCCCCAGGUCAGUGCUGAGGUGCUGCGAGUGGCCGAGCACAGACACAGAAGAGGACUCAUGUAUCCACAGAUCUACCACAUCCUCACCAAGGGCGAGAUGAAGAUGCCUGUGUGCAUUGAGGAUGAGUGUAACUCUGAGCUGCCUCCGGCCUCCCUGUUGUUCAGAGCCGCGCGACAAUACGCCUAUGGAGUCCUCUUCAGUUUGGCCGAAACGCACCGCCGCCUGGAGAGGCUCGCCCUGCGCAAGAGGGCGCCCCUAGAGGUUCCUCCGGUGAUCGUGAAAGAAUGGAGUUGUGGUAAAGCAAAGUCUGCCCUGACUCCAGAGCUGGUUCCUGCUCUGUGUUUCCGGGAGUGGACGUGUCCAAACCUGAGGCGUCUGUGGCUGGGUCGAGCAUCUGAGGACCGCUCCAGAAGAACCAGGGCCUUUUUAGCCUGUCUGCGCUCAGACUGCCCUGCCCUGCUCAACCCUGCACAGGUGCCACAGCACCUGCUGCUCAUGUGCUGCGUGCUCAGGUAUAUGAUGCAGUGGCCCGGGGGCAGGAUCCUUCAGAGACAUGAACUCGAUGCCUUUUUGGCUCAGGCUGUUUCCAGUCAGCUCUAUGAGCCGGACCAGCUCCAAGAGCUCAAGGUGGAGAAGGUGGAUGCUCGUGGCGUGCAGCUCGCUUCUGUCUUUAUGGCAGGCGUAGACACAGCGCUUUUUGUCAAUGACGUCUGUGGUCAGCCGUUGCCGUGGGAACAUUGCUGCCCCUGGGGCUUCUUUGAUGGAAAACUGUUUCAGAGCAAACUGUCGCGAGCAUCGAGAGACCGUGCCGCCCUGCUGGACAUGUGCGAGGGACAGGAGGAGCUGGUGUCCAAAGUGGAGAAGAUGCGUCAGGCGAUUCUUGAGGGCAUAAACCUGUCGCGCCCGCCCCCUCCUCCCCCUCCGCUGCCCCCUCCUGCCUUCCUGCCCCCCUCCAUGGUGCCCCCUUUCUACCCCAUUCCUCCUCUGUACCCCCCACGGCCCAUGGGAAUGCCUCCCCAUCAUCACCCGCACCACCCACACCACCCCGCCCAGCACAGACCAAGAGCCUUCCCAGGCCUCCAGUCAAUCCCUCCUCAGGGGGGUAAACUGGAGAUUGCAGGGAUGGUGGUGGGGCAGUGGGCCGGGAACAAACCAGUGCGAGGCCGAGGCUUCAACAUGAACAUGCAGGUGGUGUCAGUGGGAGCAGGGAGAGGAAGAGGCAAAGAAAUUCCAGCUAAAAUGAGAGGAGGAAAGAAGGCCACUGCCAACAGACCCCAGACCUCUCCUCCCUCCAGUCCACAGGAGGAGGCGGGCUCAAUGCCAGAUGCCGUGUCGCAGCUAAACGGCAGUUCGGCCGCUGCCAUUGGCCAGUCCCUGGACCUGGCUCCUCUGGCCCAGCCAAUCCCAUGUGCCUUAGCCAGCAGAGACAACCAAUCAGAGGAGGCCGCGUGUUGCCUUGAAGACUGUGCGUCAGACGGAGCGCUGCAGAAAGAGGAGUGAAGUCCGACAGUCCGACUGCCUUCCUGUUUUAGCCCCGCCCCCACUGUUGUAGCCCCACCCUCCCCGUGUUAGCCCCGCCCUCUCUGCGCACUAACAUGAACCAGGAAGUGUCCUGCUUCACGUUAGCGCUAAAGCAGCUAGCGGCGCCUUUGAGUUUCCAUGUGAUUUUACAUUCUGUUGGUCUGUAAGCGCCCCGCCCUUUAUAAAGCCUUGCCCUUUUAGAAAGCCCCGCCCCCUCACAAAGCCCCAAACCUUUUAAAGCCCUGCCCCUUUAGAAUGCCCCGUCCCCUUAAACAGAAUAAGCAGCCCCCCUUAGUUUUGAUGGUUUGAUUUGAGCCCUGUUGAAUCUCUGCACAGCAAAGACGGGCAGGAUGGUGGUUACAGCUCUAGGCCUGGUCAGCCUCAUUACCAUUGAUGGAAUCUUCAACUCGUAGCCAGAGCAUUCUGAAAACUUUUGUUUUUAAAUCUGUUUUAAAAAUAUAUUCUAAAUAAUUUGAAUAGAAGUAUGAUAAUCUAGUGCAGUGUCCCUCCCCCUUUCAGAUGCAUGUGUGCAUGGAGCAGUCCUUCUAAUUGGUUCUGGAGCAGUUGCACCGUCGUGGUAUUAGCGUGCUAACUCACUCUGACCUAUGUAGCAUAGCCUUGACCUUUGCUGUGCUCAGAGACCCUUAUGCACCUUAGGCCUGUAUGCAAGAGAAUGCCCCGCUCCUCAAAGUGCAUUAAACCCCCCUCCCCCCCAAAGCUUUGAUUGUAUCAUCUCAACUGAAGCACUUAUGUUCUAUUUAAAUGAAUUAAACGCUCCUCCCAGAAUAUGACAGAGAUCCACCGCUAGAUUCUAUGAGACGUCAGAAUGUGAACAGAGUGGUUCAGAGAAGCACUUUGUUUUAAAAUCUUAGCCACACUGGAGCGCCCCCUACCAGUGAAACUCUGAGGUUCAGGCCAAAAAGAGAAACACAAAUGGACUUGAAUGGAGAGUGUGGCCCUGCCAGGCAGAGGCCCUCCUCUUUACAUGACUUUAUACAACGCUAAAAGACUCCCCCUGCUGGGAGAUGUAACAGAUCUCAGAUCUCUGAAAUGUCCAAAGUCGAUUUGAUUGGCCGAUGAGCCAAUAGUCUUACACAGGGGUGCGGCAGAAAAGCCCCAUGGCUCUGAAGAAGCUGAGAAGCACUUCCCUAAACCUCCGCCGACAGGCCCAGGCAGGGACAGAACUACAACGCGUUAAUAUAGCACUUAUGUUUGUAGACAAUGACAGACGCCCCAAAAAUCUAUAUCUGACAAAUAAGAGUAUUAUAACCAUUAGAGGUUUCACCGCUGCCAGCGCAGAGCAGGAGACUGACCACAGGAGGCGCUGUGUUAAACUCAGGGCGGGUUGAGCCGGUGUCAAAGGUCGACGGAAGCACCUUACUCUUAACGCGUCGACUGCGUUUGUUUAUCACCAUGACGAUGUACCCGCUCAAACUGAAGUCCUCCGAGUGAAGCGUGGUUUAUACAGAACGCCCAGUGCGGCUCUGCUCAGGCUCUGGCCCAGACUCAAAACACCAAAAUGACUUUAGGUUCUUUUGCCUUCGCGGCUCCUCACGUUUUAGGUGCUGUGGAAUCGGACAGCGCCAGGAUUAUUAACACGACCGAAACACGAGAAUAGGCUAGCGAAUCCACCACCUCUGGCUGAAAAAACAAGUCUAGACCUUUAGCGACGUCAUACUUACCGUUCAGCUUAUGACAUCAGAUUAGUACAAACUUGUAUCUCUGCAGUACAUUCUUAGGCUAUUUUCAGCGGCAAGUUUGAGUGAAAUCAACAAUACGAUGAUUCCCACUCGUGAUUGGCUUGCCAUACUAAACACACACACACACACAUUCACAUAACACAGGAUAAACCAGUUAUGUUACCAACUGCGUCACUGCUUUUGUGAUAGUCUGUUCUAGUGGAGUGGUCGUUCAUACAAGAUCAUUUGGUAACAUAUUCUACUGAUGAAACAACAAACAGAAUCCCACAAGUUUUGCAUGAACAUUAAAAAUUCCUACACACAUUGAACACAGCACACAUAACAUUACAUUGAUGUUUUAACCCUGAGUUAACGCCGUAGUUAGACAAGGGAAAUUUCAACAUGAUUGGAGAUGUAGUGUCCGGCUUUUGUCCUCGUCUGAUUUAGUUCAAUAGUUUUAUUAUUGGUGAUUUUUAUGCUUCGUAUCCUCCCCCGCUACUCUCUGACACUUUCUAUCACCCAACCCAUCUGUCCCAUAGUCUGUUGUUUUCCUGAAAAAUUCAUAAUCCCACACUCAUCGAAUCACACGCAAUAUUAAAGGCCCUGUAUUAUGCAAAAUAUGUUUGGAUUUUUGCCAUGUUAUAAGGCUGUUCAUUCACCAAAAACAAAGCCGCAUGUUUGAGUAAUUUGACGUAUUUGAGUCUUUCUCUCUUUUCAGAAUUUAAAACUUUCUGAUCCACCUUGUGACAUCAUUAGGUGCUAAUCUAGAUUUUUUUCCAUUAAUUAUAAAUAAAUAAAUAUUGAUCUAAAAUGAUUUGACAAUAGAAACUGGUCCAUUGAGGCAUUUUAAGGAGCAGCAGAUUUUAUAGUAAAGUGUUUUUAUUUUAUUUCUGAAAAUUGGGUAUGGAACAUUUUUAAACAGGGAACAAAUCAGACUUUGGGUCAUACAUUAUAUCUGCCGUCCUCAAACUGUAGCACCACGUAACCCAAAAGGAUGACAAACACAUGGAUAGAUUUGAGAAAGAGAAGAAGUUGAAGUUGAUCUAAAUACAAAUUUGAGUUGGAAACUAACAAUGAGGCGAAACCAUGACAACGGCAGAGCUGGAAAAGCCCGCAUACUGCAUAAUACUGGACCUUUCCUCAAACCACACACACCAAACGCAUUCACUGGAUCGGUGUAACCUUGUCCACCUCUGUAAGCUUUAAAAUCACAUUCAUAUAUUAAACACACAAGCUCCUCCCCCUCCUCUUAGCUCUAAAACCAUUUUCUCUUUCUCUGGGCUGCCCCGCCCCCUCCCCCAAUUAACAGUAAACUUAUAUUAACGUGGAUAAUCCGUUUCUGUAUGUAUCUAGCCAGUCUCAAAAGAAAAAGUUGAAAAAAAAAUCAAAAACUGUUUUAUUCAAUUGUGCAAAUGUGUUUUUCUUACUAUUUUAAUGUUACUACAUCUAAUCUAAUCCUACCAUUGCUUCAGUUAACCUAGUACUGAAAUGCGCUUAGCCAACCUAGAGAUUUCAACUGUUACGAUUGCAAUUUUCCUUACCUGUAUUUUAUAUGGCAUCCUUAGACCACUUCACCACUUGUAAUGUAGUAAGUAUAGUAAAUAUAUUGCCCGUUUUUAUUUAAAGUUGCAAUAUGGAACUUCUCUGGUCGGUGUCUAGCUCUUUUUCUAUCUAUGGAGAUGUUAUUUCUAUGCCUGGAAUGUUCCACAGUGUGAUUUUAUCUUUUUAUGGUACAUUUAUUUAAUUACAGAUGGUUUAUUGCUAAAAAAACAACAACAAAUUACUAAAGUUAGCUGGCUGCCUUUCCACAGAUCUGACCUGUAACUUGGUCUGGAGCUUAGACUGUAUAUAUAAAUGAACAUAGCUAACCUGCUAUCCGCUGCAUUUCAAAUAAGAGUGAGCAUGGGUGCACUUCCGGCUCCAUCGACUCUGGCUCCAGUUCACUUUCUGUUGAAAAACCAUUACCCUUCUCUCUGUAACUGCUGCUGUCAGACUCGUCAUUUUGGUCUUAAAAUGAUCAUAUUAACCCGCUCUACAUGAUCUUGGGGGUUUUAUUUAGUCAUUUUCAGUUUUAAUGCUUUACUAUGGAACAUUCCAGGCAUAUAACACAAUAACUCUUUGAAGACAGCAAGCAGCAAUGGCUCCUCUACCAGAAAAGUUCUGUAGUGCGUCUUUAAAAUGGUUGUCUGCACUAUGUUCGGUUUCAAAAAUAACCCCAAAAAUAAAUCUUAUGAUCUAAGCUGUAAUCUGCACCCUUGCACAAAGCUAAACAAACAUUAUUCUUGAACAUUGAGAACCAAAGUAUAUUUAGAAUUCAAGUUAAACCCUUUUAAAUCUUAUAUAUUCCCCUGUAUUGCCCCGUAACGCGUUUUCAGAUGUGAUUUAAACUGUAAAAGACAGCACAAGGUUUCAGUGAGGUUUUCAGAAUAGAAGUAUUUUGUGGUAAUUCAAGAGUCUCAGACAGGACAGGGACGACAGGACAUUUAAGUUCAGAAAUAUGUAAUUUGAUUUGUAAACAAUUGUGUUUAGAUUAAGUUAGAACGUUGCAAUUUGUUUAAAGGACCAAUAUUACACUGUUUUCUAAUGUUGUUUCCUCAUCACAAACAGACCUGGAGUUGUGUUUUGUUUCAUUCACAUGUUUAACUCACAAACCCUGUAUAUUUAGGCUGAGUUCUUCUCUCAAACUGAAAACACUCUGUUCCCCCUUGUGAUGUCAUGUGAUAAUACAGGAAGUGUUCUGUUUUUAAACUCCGUACGCCUUCACUAGAAUCAUUGGCAACUCCAGACGUGAAAUGAUCCCAAUCUCUACUGAACUAAAGGUAAAAGGAACUACCACUUCAUGACAUCACAAGGUGGAACAGAGGGGUUAAAGUGUUACUCAAAGAUGUGUGAAUGAAACAAAACGCAACUCCAGGUCUGUUUUUGAUGAGGUAAAAAUAAAAGUUGAUUUUGUGUAAUAUAGGACCUUUAAAAUGAGGUGGAGAGCAGCUAAGAAUUUUCAGGUGGAGUUUCCUGUGUUUAUGGUUAAUAUCUCUGUAAUUACUGGGCCUAUCCACAUGAAAAGUGGCACAAAGUUUAGCAUCUUCUCCGUUUCGUUAGCUAGCGAGGUUACCAUUAUGAUUCAUUUGGUGGGACCUAAAUUCUGUCAAAAAUUCAGUUUGACAGUUUCCAUUUGAAUAUAUAUUUUUGGGAUAUUUGCUGCCCUCCAUCUGAAGUUUUAUGAUAUGAACACAAUUUUUGUGUUAACUGACUGAAAAUUUGUUCUCAUUUUGUGUUUUUUUUUUCCUACUCUUGUAAUGUUCCUCUAUUUUUGUAAUUCCACAAAUUUGAAACAGAAUUUUCCUCAAAUCAGUCAAACAGUUACAGAGAUUAUGUAAUUUCAGUG